UAUGGAUGACACAAAUAGUAAUUCCUUGCGAAUUGCUUUGAUUCAUAUAUAUUUAUUAGUUUCUUCUUGAAUAAAAAUAAUUGUUAGUCUGGCUCUGGUCAAUUUCUGUCAUGCAAUGUCAGUUUGUAUCGUCGAGCGCAACCUAGAACUUUUGUGAAUUUCCAAACAUCAUUGUUAAUCUAAAACUGAUACAACAAAUGAUUUUUGCUUAACAUGUUUAGAAAAAUGUCCAAUUCAAUCGAUAGAGAGUUACUUCUUAGUUACGACUACAAAUGUCAUUCGAAAAUUGGCCAAGGGGAUUUUCUUCUGUCUUCAAAUUAACAAAGGAUGUAAAAGGCAAACACUAUGAGUAUGCUGUUAAAGUCCUUAAAUUUAAAGAACGUAGCCUGCAAGAAAUCAAAGUUUUGAAGACAUUGAAACAUGAAAAUAUUGUCAAAUAUGUUGAUCACUUUAAUAAUUUGCAUCAAAUUUAUUUGGUGAUGGAAUAUUGUGAUGAAGGUGACUUGGAAGCAUUCAUUCUACAAAGGCACAAACUUGCUGAAUCUCUAGUCAAAGUUAUAAUGCAGCAACUUGCCUUGGCCACUAAUUAUUUACAUCUGCAUGAGAUCUGCCACAUGGAUAUUAAACCAAAGAAUAUACUGGUAGCAAGCAAACCUAGAUUGACCUUUAAGUUAUCAGAUUUUGGUAUUGCUGAAGUAAUUACUCCGGAAUACAUGGAAAAUUGCCGGGAUAAUGGAACAAUUGCAUAUAUGGCCCCAGAGAAACUAACAGGGAAAGCAUAUGACAUUCGUUCAGAUUUAUGGUCUUUAGGAGUAGUGAUGUAUCAAUGUUUAUUUGGUCGACCGUCAUAUUUCAACUCUUCACCUUCAACUGUAAAGAAUUUAAUGGGUAAAGAAGUUCUUCUGAAGAUACCCGUAAAUUCACAUAUUUCCCCAGUAUGUGAAGAUCUCCUUACAAAACUUCUCACAUACAACCCGAACGAGCGUAUAAAUUUUGUUGAAUUCUACAAUCACGCCUUCAUUGAUCUCAGCAACAUGCCAACAAAUGAAAACUACUUGUACAUUAUUAAGAUAAUCAACGAUGCUGUACACCUCGACACUGAUAAACGAUAUAAAAACGCUGUAAAGAAGUAUGAGGAAGCCAUCGCGUUGCUGCUGCCUUAUUUGCAGACUGAGACGAAUCAAUAUCAGAAGGAAAAGAUGCAUGCGAAAUAUUUACAGUACACAAAACGAGUACAAGAAUUGCAUAAAUUGCUAAAAGAUAAUUCAGGAUCACAGCCGAAAUUACCAGAUUUUUCUCGUGAUGUAUUGAUGAAAAUGGCUGCUUCAACGCCGAAAAUGUUAACUGGUUUGGAAAUUGGUGGUGUUGCUGAGCAAUACUUGCAGGAGGGUAAGUAUGCCUUGGCUUUUACUAAGAUAAACGAAGCUUUGGAUCUUUUGUUGGGCCUGUGUACGAAUGAACCCGCUGGACACCGAAAGACUUUAUUAAUGGCACAGAUUGAUAAGUGGUUGAAACUGGGCGAGGAAUUAAAGAAGUUUAAUGGGGGAGUGUAAAAAUUGUAACGACCAAUUUGAAAUGAUCAAACUACUUAUUUAUUGUUAAUUUGAUGCUUUAAAAGUGAUAAUAUGUUAAAUAUGACUUAAAUAUAAGCUGAAACUUG